GGGACCCGCCUCCCUGGCGGCGCCGGAGCCGAGGAGCCGAGGAGGCGCUCGGGGCUCUGCGGCCGCCGCCGCCGCCGCCGCGAUGCAAAAAUACGAGAAGCUCGAAAAGAUCGGGGAAGGCACGUACGGUACCGUGUUCAAGGCCAAGAACCGGGAGACGCAUGAGAUCGUGGCCCUGAAGCGGGUGCGCCUGGACGACGACGACGAGGGCGUGCCCAGCUCGGCACUGCGGGAGAUCUGCCUGCUGAAGGAGCUGAAACACAAGAACAUCGUCAGGCUGCACGACGUCCUUCACAGCGACAAGAAACUCACCCUGGUUUUUGAGUUUUGUGACCAGGACCUGAAGAAGUACUUCGACAGCUGCAACGGAGAUCUGGACCCGGAGAUUGUGAAGUCCUUUCUCUUCCAGCUGCUGAAAGGCCUCGGAUUCUGUCACAGUCGGAAUGUGCUGCACAGGGACCUGAAACCCCAGAAUCUGCUCAUCAACCGGAAUGGGGAGUUGAAGCUCGCGGACUUCGGUCUCGCCCGCGCCUUCGGGAUUCCCGUGCGCUGCUACUCGGCUGAGGUGGUCACCCUCUGGUACCGCCCGCCGGACGUCCUCUUCGGAGCCAAGCUGUACUCCACGUCCAUCGAUAUGUGGUCGGCCGGCUGCAUCUUCGCAGAGCUGGCCAAUGCUGGACGACCCCUAUUCCCCGGCAAUGAUGUGGACGACCAGCUCAAAAGGAUCUUCAGGCUAUUGGGGACCCCGACGGAGGAGCAGUGGCCGACGAUGACCAAGCUGCCCGAUUACAAGCCAUACCCCAUGUAUCCAGCCACGACCUCGUUGGUCAACGUUGUACCCAAACUCAAUGCCACCGGGAGGGACCUGCUACAGAACCUGCUGAAGUGCAACCCGGUGCAGCGCAUCUCGGCAGACGAGGCCCUGCAGCACCACUACUUCUCCGACUUCUGUCCCCCUUAACCCUACCCCGUCCCCCGAUUCUGCCCUCUUUCCCCCCUCCCUCCCCUCUUUCCC